AUGGUGACAGAGGUCAGAGGCAGAGCAGCCUCAGUGUACUCAGGAGUGUUCACACAGAUCUUUAGAGAGGAGAGAGGCCUGUACCAGGACAAGGUGUUCUGCUUCAUCCAUCUGAGUGUUCAGGAGUUUCUGGCUGCUCUUCAUGUCCACCUGACCUUCAUCACCUCUGGACUCAACCUUAUGGAGGAAGAACAGAAUAAACCACAAAUCUCUAAACUGAAACAAAGUUUCUCAGUCCAGUUCUACCAGAGUUCUGUGAAGAAGGCCUUACAGAGUCCAAACGGACACCUGGACUUGUUCCUCCGCUUCCUCCUGGGUCUUUCACUGCAGACCAAUCAGAGUCUCCUACAAGGCCUGCUGACUCAUGCAGGAUGUAGCUCCCAGACCAAUCAGGAAACAGUCCAGUUCAUCAAGGAGAAGAUCAAUGAGGAUCUGUCUGCAGAGAAAAGCAUCAACCUGUUCCACUGUCUGAAUGAACUGAAUGAUGGUCCUCCAGUGGAGGAGAUCCAACAGUUCCUGAGUUCAGGACGUCUCUCCACAGAUAAACUGUCUCCUGCUCAGUGGUCUGCUCUGGUCUUCAUCUUACUGUCAUCAGAGGAAGAUCUGGAAGUGUUUGACCUCCAGAAAUACUCUGCUUCAGAGGAGGCUCUUCUGAGGCUGCUGCCAGUGAUCAAAGCCUCCAACAAAGCUCAACUGAGUGGCUGUAAGCUGUCAGAGAGAGGUUGUACAGCUCUGUCUUCAGUACUCAGCUCUCAGUCCUCCAGACUCAGAGAUCUGGACCUGAGUUACAACUUCCUGCAGGAUUCAGGAGUGAAGCUACUGUCUGCUGGACUGGAGAAUCCACACUGUAAACUGGAGACUCUCAGAUUAGUGAAGUGCAGUUUGUCAGAGAUCAGCUGUGAAGCUCUGGGCUCAGCUCUGAAGAAAAACCCGUCCAAUCUCACAGAACUAGACCUGAGCUGGAACAGAGACCUGCAGGAUUCUGGAUUUCUUCAUCUGUGUGGUUUUCUGGGAAGUCCAGACUGCAGACUGGAAACCCUGAGGUUGGAGAAAUGCAGUUUGUCAGAGAUUAGCUGUAAAGCUCUGGGCUCAGCUCUGAAGAACAACCCAUCCAGUCUGACAAAACUGGACCUGAGUGGGAACGAUCUGCAGAAUUCAGGAGUUCUUCAUUUGUGUGGUUUUCUGGAGAGUCCAAACUGCAGACUGCAGAUUCUGAGAUUGAGGAGUUGCCGAUUGUCAAAGAUUAGUUGUGAUACUCUGGUCUCAGCUCUGAAGUCCAUCCCGUCCCACCUGACAGAAAUGGACCUGAGAUACAACAAUAUGAAGGCUUCAGAUGUUCAGCAGCUCCAGGAUCUGGUGGAGAGUCCAAACUCCAAACUGCAGACUCUGAGGCUGUAAAGUUUGAGUCAGAUAUUCCUCUUGGAGGAGCAAAGAGGAGCACCAGAGGCAUGCAUUGGUCUGCAGAGAUGUUGUUCCUGGACAGUGUUCCUGGGAGGUGGAGAGCAGAGUGAUGGAGGAAUCAGAAGAAGUGAAGAUGAGUGUCAGAGUUGCAGUAUGAACUGAUCUGAGAUCAGCUCCACUGUCUCUCUCAGCAUCAGGUGAACUGUUAUUGUGCUGCAGCUCCCCCGGUGGACUGAUGGAGAACUGCACUUCAUCUUCUCAGUCUAACUUGGAGUGUUGGAAAGUCUUCUACUUCUCUUCUCUCUUGUAUUUGGAGCUUUUCUUUAUUAUGUCCAUACACUCUUGCCGUACCAAACUCCACAAACUCAUUGUUGCAACCAACACCAUCUGCUCUCACUUUCCUGAACAUUUUACCCUUUGUCUUGCGGGAACCAAACUAUUUUUUUUCUCAUCCCCUAUCCCACCUGCAAAUAAGGGGCGUGUCACUAUAAGUAAGGGGUUUGCCAGUGUGGUAUUUUUUUUUUACAAAUGAUCAAGAUGGCCAAAAGAUAAUCUGCUGAGAGGGCCUUGCAAUUAAUUUGGGAAGAGAGAGUAGCUUCUGACGAUGUCGAGGAAGAGGUUUCUGAAUUUGAAGAUCAAAUUUCUGAAAAUUCAGAGCCUGACAGUGACUUUGAGAAAGAGGAGGAGGCUGAGCACCAAAUAGAACUGAAACAAAGACAAUCGCUGAAGACGAGGUCGGCAGCACAAGUACGCUACACAGGGAUGGGAGAAUCUGUGACGAGGAGCAUCAAAAGACUGAGAUCAUCAUUAUUGCAAUGCCACGAAAAGAGGGGUGGACAACACAGACAAGCUGGUGACUGCCUACAGCUGCAAAAAGAGGACCCUAGUGACUGGUGAUAUUCUUUGACAUGAUGGACAUCUCAGUGUAUAAACCCUUUGUCAUGUUGAUGGCACUGGUGUUAUGCCCCUCUUUGUCCAGGGGUCUGGGGCCUGACAUAAAAGUAAACUCCACUCAAAGAUUUAACUACAAAAACACAAGAAGACUGGCUCUGCCAACACGACUUAAUUUAUUUACAAGAAAUGAUGAUUGUCAAAAAGCAAAAACCAAAAGAGGUGAAGCAAAAAGGCUUCAGUGUGAACUAAAGGCCAAAAUAACAAACAUAACCCCCAUCUAUUUAAAAAAGAACACAAAUCUUACCUAUAAAAUAAAAGGAAAAACAAUGACAAAUGCUAACCUUCCUAAACUAACAAAAACAGGAGAAAAUAUGUAUGAAAGAAAAUGGCAGUUCACCCCUACAGCUUCACUGUACAAUGUAAACAAAUGACCAAACAAGUACAAAACCACACAAAGUAAACCUUUACACAAAAUACCAAAUCAGGACUUCCACCAAGCACAGUCUGUUCUACACAGGUUAGUCAGAAUCAGAAUCAAAAAUGGAGAAGAAAGCCUAGAUGAUAACAGGCCGCAUCAGAGCUCCCAUCUCGCGGGCUGGGCAUCCAUUUGGUUCUUUUAAAGGCUGCCUCCACCAGUUUUGGUCAAAUAGGGGGGCACACCUAGUCAGCACCACACCUGAAACUGAUCAGAGACAGACAGGCAAACAAAGAUCCUAUAUACAUACAGAGGUCUCACUCUGAUACAAAAACACAUAAAAAAAAGAGAAAAA